UGCCAGUAUUUUUCUGCGACCGAUGCGUUGACCGCACCGAGCAUUGCCAUCCAUCGAGUGGCUCAUUACUGUUGCCAGUAUAUUUACGGCACUUCUCCCAGCGCCUCCCUCCACACUCGCUAUACGAACCAUGGUCGCCAUCAGCCACGAGGUGGACAGCUUGACAUGUACGUAUCUCGAACAAAUACCAAAAAACUCUACUAACCGCCAGACGUCGACAACGAAGUGAGUCCGCAAGAACGAUCCCAUGUGGAAGAGUUGAUACGGCAGGAAGUGCGGCAAACACACCACCAAAACGGUAACGGCGAGGCGCUCCACCCGUUGGUGGACCAGAUCCUCCCGCUUUCGACCCAGAGGGUGCCCAGCCCCCUCUUGAUGCACGAGAUCGAGCGCUAUGAGGAGGAGGACACCGAAGAGGACGACACCCGUCUCAUGGAAGCUGGUAUCGAACUCGGACGCUACGCUGACUUCGGCGACGGCACUUCCACCCACUACGACCGCAUAUACACCACAUUGUCGUACUCCAGCCUCCAGGAACGCAACCUCGACUUGCUCACAGCUAACUACCACGACAUAGCAUCACUCCAUCAGCAUCAUCUCGCCCAACACGAGCGUUUGCGCGACGAGUACUCCAGCGCAGCUCGUCACAAGCGAGCCCAGGUCGACGACACCAAUCUCAGGCGCAAGAAGCGCCAGCUUGGCGACUUCAAGCCGGCUGACGACUACCUCGCUGAAAGGUGGAAGGACGGCAUCAAGUCGGUGGUGGAGUUGGGGAUCGAGGCUGCCCGUCUCGACAUGGAGAUGUCGUGAAGGACCAUGAUCUUGAUGAUUAUAUGUUCCAUAGGGGCCACGAAAUAAUGCUUAAUGACUAGUGACUUGUAGGCCAGCAGGACAUGUAAG